GAAAUAUUUCACUCUUUGUGCAGCAUUUUGUCUGUGUUCGUGAGGCUGCGCCGUCAUAAAGUACACCUGUUGUAGUGAUUUAUAGUGUGUUUGGUCUGUGCUGGUGACGCUGUGCCGUCAGAAAGUUCACCUUUCCAAGAUAUUUCGUGUGGUGAAUUAGACAUGGAUCCACUGUUGCCCACCCUGAGCAUUGUUGACACCAGUGUGCCACAGGACAGACAACAGUGCUUUCUUAAAGCAUCGAAGGACGCCAAGACUCUGGCCUCUCGCAACAGGUGCUUCGAGCGGAACACUAGCCAGGACAAAAAAACUGCUUGUGAGGAAGCUAAAAAAAGAUGCCAGCACAUUACUUGUGCGCCAUCUGAGGUCCAGUAUCUCGGCCAGCUCAUUCUAAACUUUGGCAAGUACAAUGGACAAAGUUUUAAAUGGCUGGUGGAGAACGACGUUGGCUACAUUAAAUAUGUGCUGGAUCUACACAUCAAGGAGCGUCGCCAUCAAGGAAGAAAAGAGGGCCCAGGUGAGUAUAUAAAGGAUCUUCUGUUACAGUAUGUGCAACUGUUUCCACAGGUUUCCUGCCACCUCGAGGUCAACGUCGACAGGGCCAUCUACGGUCAGGGCCGCUUCAGAUCCUUCACGUUCCUGGAGAUGUGGCAGUGGUACAGCCUGCACAAGACCCUGCAGGCGGAUCCACAAGCUGGUAGUGCCCAAGAAAAGAAGAUGCCACAGGAGGCGUUCUGCUCUGUGCGGCAGUGGCUGACGAUGAAGGAGGAGGACAUCAGCGUCAAGACACUGAAGCGGUUCCAGCAGUACAUUCUCAACAAAGAGAAAACCCUAGAAGACAGGCCUCUUUCUGCAGCGGCGGCCAGCUCCAGCUCGUCGGGAUCUAGAGGUGAUGGUGGAUGGGCGGAUGAUGCGCUACUGGUGGAAGCCCUCAGUGCUUUCGAAGCACAAGCAGUUGAGGACAAAGGCAGUCUGCCGAAGAAACCACUCAGCUUCUCUGAAAGACAAGGAGCCGGGGAAGCAAAGAAAAGAAAACGUUCCUGUGAAGAUCUGUCACAGAAGCCCCACUCAGACUCUCGACUGUCAGGUUAUUCUAAUUACCAGGUGUUAUUUGAGGGUUGGCACAAGAUGUGGGAGUCUGGUCUUCAUGGGCUGCCCAGUGCAGACAUACUGUGGCUUAAGGAGGAUGCUGAAAGGGGACUCUUUCAGAGGGCUAUGUCUUAUAAAGACAAACAUGGAAACAGAAAGUGGAGGAAAGUCCUGAAGGAUGACCGGAUGUGGUUUCACCCUCCAGAAUUUCCUGGAGUGGUGGAAGGAAAAGUCCCCUCAGCAGACUCCUUUUUUCACAGCUCCGUUUUUUUUCUGGAGACCAGUUGGUGUGUGGCGUUACAGUCUUCGGUGCCCAAGGUCUGACUGCCCAGCACGCACCAAUCAGAAGGCUUUUCUCUACCGUUGUGGGUAUUCAUCCACGGUAAGACAGAUCUGCCACAUGUCUGGCUGGUACUCCAUGCUGACUGAGGUCCUGGCAUGCGACGCCUGUAGAAAGGCUGCAAAGGAGUCGGAAGAGCAUACUAUUGGUCGUUUCCUGUCAUGGGAUCAGUGCAUCCUUAAUCAGCUCAGUCCAGCUCACAGAGCGGUGUUACCUGCUGUCUUGACGCUACGGCGUGGCGUGGACAAGCAGGUGAUCCGCCUGAUGAGGGAUCGCACUGAGGGAAACACCAUGGUGAAGGUUUGGAGACAGGUGCAGGAGAGCCACUGCGAGGACUAUCUGCAGAGAAAGGACUUGUACACCACUCUUCUCAGCCAGUACAACAAACCUGGGAAG